GCUCGAAGAAGAACUGGAAGAAGAUUCCGCGAAAGCCCUGUAAUCGCACGCCGCGCCGUAAUGGAGUUUUUGGAUUUUCCGCGCGUGCCCUUGACCUCUUGCGGAAUAUCUUCAAUGAAUCCCACGUUGCCGCUGAUGUGGCCAAACCCUCAACGUACUGAGAAUCCUAAUUCGUUUGCACCAAUCAGCGUGAAUCGUCGACUGUGUGCCGUCGCGAUAUUUAAUUGAUUGAUCAAUCAAUAGGCAACGAUAGCACGCGAUUCGCUCGGUACAAAGUGUCGUGGUGCGUCCAUUUAAAUCAAUUUCAACGAUCUUCUCGCUCCGGUAGCUUCGUGGCUGGCUGGGACAUUUGGAGCGACCAUUUCAAUCGAAAGUACCAACAAAACCGGUCGUGAAGUGAUGGCAGCAGCACCCAAAUUAAGCGUUAUUUCUGCCAAAUUCACCGAAGCCACGCUUGACGAAAUCGUCCAGAAUGCGGGCGGAAAACGGUGCACGAGCUGGAAAAUGUCGGACACCGAGUUCAAGAAGGGUGACUCUUAUCUCAGCGAACUGUACCGCAUCCAACUUCAUGAUGAUAGUGGGACCCAAUUGCUCGUCGUGAACGCCGUUGUGAAAACGAUACCGAAGAACGUCGGACGCCGGAAUACGUUCCGUUCGGCAGAUUUUUUCCGGAACGAGUACAACUUUUAUACCGUGGUUCUGAAGGAGUUGUACAGCUUCCAGGCGAAGCGCCAACCGAAGCAUCCUUUCGACGACAUUCCCAAGUGCCUCGCAGCAUAUUCGGAUGGGGAAAAUGAUUUCAUCGUUUUGGAAGACCAGUCCCAGUACGGUUACAGCACAGCUUCAAGGGCGGAAGGUGUCGGAUUGGACGAGUGUCAACGAUGCAUGCGUUCGCUUGGUCGCUUCCAUGCACUAUCCCUAGCGAUGAAGGAGCAGGACUCGGACCGUUUCCAUGCAAUCGUCCAGCAGCACGUGGAGGAGACGUACUAUGAGGCGCGUCUUAAGCCUUGGUACAACAAUUUUCUGCAGGUGCAGAUCGAUUGUGCGAAGAAAGCGGUCGCCCAGGAGUGCGCCGGUACCGAGCUCGAGCGCAAAGUGGCCAAUUUCUUCGAUUGCGAUCUGUACGAUCGGAUGGUAUACCUUACGCACACGCGCAACCAGAAUUCGGUCAUCAAUCAUGGUGACUGUUGGAUGCCUAACUUUCUUUUCCACAACGAAACAUCCGGCGUGCGCAUUAUCGACUUCCAGCUGGCCCGAUACUCAUCGCCUGCGCUCGAUAUUUCAUUUUUUGUAUACUCCUGCACUAGUCAGGCGCUACGUGAGACUCACUAUCAGGAACUGUUGGAUGCUUAUUACGGUGGGCUUGCUGAGAUGAUGCGCGAUCUCGGAUCGAACCCGGAAGAAAUCUUUCCUUUCUCGGAAUUGAAGAAGGAACUGCAACAAUAUGCUCGGUUCGGUUGCGGUAUGGGAAUCGAAUCGAUACCGUUCUCAUUGCUGGGCGAGGAGGAUGUAGCGGAUCUCGAUCAGAUCGACUCCGAUAAGGCGAUUCCGAUCGAGCAGAUUUGGAUUUUACGUCCCAUCGAGAACCAAGCUGGUCGGCUUCGACUGACGGACAUGUUUCGUCACGCUAUGGACAUGGGAUACUUAGAUUGAUGUUCAAUCCGAUCAGGUAUAGACUAGAAAGCAGCAAUGCUCCGUUCGGAAGAAGUUGAAACGUUGAUGUUCUUGCACAUACUAUCGCAUAAGAAGAAAUGUUUUGAACAUUUCAUGAACAACAUUUGAACAACAUGUUUUGAAUCUGCAAUAAAUACUGUCAUCGUCGAGUACAGGACAAUCCCGGACAA